AUGCAGGGCAGCUUUCCUUUCUUUCCUCUCGCAUCCAACUUCAAUCACCUCGAUGGUCGGACUUGGGCACUGCUUGCCAACACCAUUCAAGAUUGGCUUACUGACAAUAUUUCUUUGACACGUUCAGAUGUGUGGUUGUGGGGCCGUGAAUUUUUUUGGAUGGCAUUCGUUGCAGCAUUUCCUGGAUUUCCACGCCGAGAAUGGCCACUGUGGGACCCAAAGAUUGGCAUGGAGGGCGAGUUUAUCACCUAUUGGAUGUCUGACUUUGGUUCAGGCAGUGAGGGGCCACUCAAGGACAUCCAGAAUGGUGUGUGGAGGAAAUUUCAUGAUCUCGCAACAAUGCUAUACCUGCUUCCUCUCUUUAAGGAUUAUUGA